AUGGCUAUUGAAACACUAUUACAAAAUAAUAAUAGAAGUUUGAAGGACUUCAAGCCAAUGCUGUAUCCAAAAGAUUUUGUUGUUUCCUUUGUUGGAAAUAGGCUUCUUUACAAAGAGCGUCAAUACGAUGUUCUUGCUCAACAACAAAUUUAUUUAAAUUUGUACUCUUCUCUUACAGACGAGCAAAGAACCAUUUUUGAAGAAAUCAUGGAUGUUGUAGAAAAGCAACAAGCCGGAGUAUUAUUUUUAUAUGCCUAUGGUGGGACUGGUAAGACCUUUAUGUGGAACACUUUAUCAGCAACACUUAGAUCUAAGAAAAAAAUUGUCUUGCCUGUUGCCUCAAGUGAGAUUGCAAGUUUGUUGUUACUAGGUGGAAGAACAACUCAUUCUAGAUUUAAGAUUCUUGUCCCUACUUUAGAAACUUCUAUUUGCAACAUUAACAAAAAAGAUGAUCUUGCCGAGCUUCUAAAGAUGACAAAUCUAAUCAUAUGGGAUGAGGCUCCUAUGGCUAACAGGUUUUGCUUUGAGUCUCUCGACAAAUCCUUAAAAGAUAUUAUGAGUGGAAGUCCACAUGCAUCUGAUAAAAUAUUUGGAGGUAAGGUUGUUGUGAUUGGUGGUGACUUCAGACAAAUUCUCCCUGUUAUACCAAGAGGUACUAGAUCUGAUAUUAUCCAUGCAACAAUCAAUUCUUCCUAUAUUUGGGAUCACUGUAGAGUCUUGAAGCUUACAAAAAACAUGUGCUUACAAACUGGUGCAACUGAUUCUACUACUAAUGACAUAAGGACCUUUUCAGAGUGGAUUUUAAAAAUUGGAGAUGGGACCAUGUGUGAGCCAAAUGAUGGUUAUGUUGAUAUUUGUAUUCCAGAUGAGUUUUUAAUUUCAAAUUUUUCUGAUCCGAUUAAGGCAAUUGUCGAGGAUACACACCCUGAUAUCAUUCAUAACUAUCUUGAUUACAACUAUCUUCAAAGUCGUGCAAUCUUAGCUUCAACAAUUGAAGUAGUGGAUGAUAUCAACCAAUAUAUCACAAACCUUCUUCCAGGAGAAGAGAGAGAAUACUUUAGUAGUGAUUCUAUAGAUAAAUCUGAUGCUACUAAGUUUGAUGCAUAUGAGCAUGUCACACCGGAGUUCCUAAAUGCUCUUAAAACUUCUGGAUUGCCUAAUCAUUCAAUCAGGUUGAAAGUUGGGGCCACAAUAAUGUUGAUGCGCAAUCUAGAUCAGUCUGAAGGCUUGUGCAAUGGUACACGGCUCACUGUAACCAGGCUUGCAGGUCAUGUCAUUGAAGCUAAGAUCAUUUAUGGAAAAAAAUUUGGUAACAUCAUUUAUAUUCGAAGAAUGUAUUUGUCCCCCUCACAAUCACCAUGGCCAUUCAAAUUGGUGAAACGCCAAUUCCCAAUUAUGGUUUCAUUUGCCAUGACAAUUAACAAGUCUCAAGGACAAUCUCUGGAUAUUGUUGGUUUGUAUUUGCCAAAAGAAGUUUCUAGUCAUGGUCAAUUAUAUGUGGCUAUCUCUAGAGUUAAAUCCAAAAAGGGAUUGAAAAUUCUUAUUCAUGACAAAGAUAAAGAACCAAUGACAACCACCACUAAUGUUGUGUUCAAAGAAGUGUUCCAAAACAUAUGA